AUGUCGGAGAAAAAUAGCCCAAGAAAAUACUUUGUAUGUGGAGGUUUUGGAGGUUUGUUUCAAAUAACAGUUGGCUAUCCAAUGGAUACCAUAAAAGUGAGAUUACAAGCUAUGCCUUUACCAAAACCAGGUGAGCCGCCCUUAUAUACAGGCACAAUUGACUGUGUUGUGAAGAGCGUCAGAACCAAUGGCUUUAAAAGCUUAUACAGAGGUAUGUCUACGCCUCUUAUAUUUGCUGGACCAAUAAAUGCUUUAAAUUUCUGCGGUUUUUACCUUGGCAAAGAAAUAUUUGAAUCAGACCCAGAUAACGUUCAUUCAAUGCCUGAACUAUUUGCUGCAGGAUCGAUUUCAGGAAUAAUUGCAUCAAUACUUACGGCUCCAUCAGAGCACGUCAAAUGUCUCCUUCAAGCCCAAGAUGCAAGCGGUCCACACCCCAAAUAUAAAGGUUCAAUUGACUGCUUCAAACAAUUGUAUGCUGAAGGCGGAAUAAAGAACAUAUAUAAAGGUACAUUGGCUACUAUACUAAGAGAUGUCCCAGCAGCUGGAAUGUAUUUUAUGUCUUAUGUGGCAAUUAAAGAUGUUAUAGUCCAGCAAGAUGCUAGCGCAGGCAAUAAAUUGAUGUGUACAAUAUUUGCCGGUGGGUUUGCUGGUACGUGUUACUGGCUCGUUGGGAUGCCAGCUGAUGUAUUAAAGACAAGGUUACAAUCAACUCCUACAGGCACAUAUCCUAAUGGCGUGAGGGAUGUUUUCAAACGGUUGAUGGCUAUUGAAGGCCCAAGUGCAUUAUACGUAGGCUUAACUCCAGUUAUGAUAAGGGCUUUUCCAGCAAAUGCAGCAACCUUUGUGGGUUUCGAACUUGGUUUAAAAUUAUAUGAUUGGAUCAUGCCGGAUCUUUGA